UGUAAAUCAUAUAACAUCACUUUCUCCAAUGUUUAUGGGAAAGUGCUGCUUUAAGAUUUUAAAGUGCCAAGGGCUGAAUAUGAAGUUUAGCUCAAUAUUUUUUAAAUAUAUGCUUUAAUUUAACCAUAAUCAGUAACCAUUGAAACUUUUGACAGCCCAUCAACAAAAGACCGCAGUAGUAACAAUGUCUAAAACUCCUACAAUAACUAAAAUUUAUUCCUAUGAAUGUGCACCUCUUAAAACUCCAAAAAUCAAGAAAGAACUUAUUUCUUCAUGCCCUGCAGACAACAAAACCAAAGAUGUCCAUCCACAUCCAACAAUUAUUAUGGAUGAAUAUGGUCAAACUCCAGAUCACUAUUAUCUGGCGCGAAAACCCCCUCCUUCUUUCUUUCAGGUGAAGCGGAAGCUAGACUUACAAUCUGUUGAAUCCUCUAAUAAUUCAAAGACAAAAUUGAAUAAGUAUUCGAAAAAAUUUAAUGUUCCAAAAGGCAAAGGAAAAACUUUUUGUGAAAAACCACGCUAUGAUACAUCUCUGGGCCAACUGACAAAAAAAUUUCUGAAGCUACUAUCUGAUGCUUCUGAUGGUAUUAUUAACUUAAACACUGCCUGUGCUUUACUAGAUGUGCCAAAGAGAAGGUUGUAUGACAUAACAAAUGUUCUUGAAGGUGCUGGCCUGGUACAAAAAACUUCACGAAACAACAUUCAGUGGAUGGGUCGAGCAUCUUCUCCUUGUGCCAGUGUUUUGAAAUUUGACUUAGAAAGAGAUAUUGAUAUACUUGAAUCAAAAGAAAACAAAUUAGAUGAGUUAAUUUAUCACAUGACGAAUGAAAUUGAAGCCAUCAAAGAAACAGAUCACAGAUAUUAUUAUGUAACUGCUCAGGACUUGAAGAAUAUAGAAGAAUUUGCUGGGAAGACUAUUAUUGGGAUGAUAAACUACCAGUUUUUAGAAUCUUUUGAAAGAAAACUUGUUAUUUCUAGUAGAAAUAAUACAGAUAUUGAUGGUUAUUUACUACGCAACAAUACCCUUCUUCAGAACAUCUUGCAUCCAGGAGUUGAAUGUAAAGAAAAUUCUUAUGACAUAAAAAUUCAAAAUGGCCAAUUUAUGCUUGCUGAUGAUGCUAGUGAAGCUUCAGAAGACAACUCAUGUUUUAACUCUUUACUUAAUCCAGGUGUAGGUACUGAUGCUUCCUUUACUAGGGUUUGUGCAGAUACUAUGUGGAGCGAAGGUGAUACAGUUAUCAAAAAUGCAUUCAUUGCAGAAGAAGAUGAUAUUGCUCCUAUGGGGAAAAAUUUUCUUUUGCAAACUGAAGAUCAAGACCUUGACACCUUAGCAUAUUCUGUUUUAGAUUCACCAGUAGAUAACUAUUCUUUUUCACUUGACACGGGUGAAGGUUUGUCUGAUUUGUUUGAUUGUAAUUUUUCUUGUCCCUAACAUUUCUUCAACCAACAUUACAUUUAUGGUUACAUACAAAGCUUGUUUUUAACAUUUUCAUUUGUGUAUAAUCAUAUCCAUAUUAUUUUUUAAAUUUGUUUUCUAAACCUAUGUCAUAUGUAUGAAUGAGGAUUUAUUCAAGCAUUUGAGAUUAAUGAUAAACUUGUUAUUUAUUAUUGUUUUCUACAAUUCUCUCAUCUUAUAAAUAACAAACAAACAAAUAAAAUUUCCCUACUGUUCAAAAUUUGAUUCCAGUAUAUUCCGACAUAGCUUCUACAACUGCACUGUGAACCUACUUUAAUGAAACAGCUGUCCCUGAACCCUGAUGAAAGUUUUAUAGCAUUUGAAUGGCAAAUCCUAAGGCUAUAAAACUGUUCGCACAGCUUUUUUGCUCUUUAAAAAAAAAACAUUUUAUAAAAGCGUAUACUUCAACUCAGGCUUCAGUUAUUCACUGAAAAGGUUCUAAUAUUUCUUGCAAAAUUAACAAUUAAAAUUAAUAGAAUUUUUGUUGACAUUGAUACCAUUCUAAAAGCUAAAUUGAAGAGGAAUAAUUACAUAAUUGUAACUUAAUAAGACUUGAGUUACUUGACUAAAUUCUGAAGUUUUGAACUCUGAAUGAAUGAAUGCAUUUAAUAGUUCAUGCAUCAAUAGUUGUGAGCCAAAACUGCGUUUACCUUUGGAUGAUUAUGUAUGAACAUUUUGAAAGCUGCAUAUUUGCGUGUUUUUUGGCCAAUGUUAAGGGUGUAGUCUUGUUGAAAUUGGGUACAUUAUUCUCUUUUUUCUUCUAAAAACUAAUUUGCAUUUCCCAUGCUUUGGCACUACAAGUUUUGUAAAAUGCUAUAAAAAUAGAGAAGUUUUUUAAAAAAUAGAAAUGUGAUUUUCAUCGAGCAAGCAUCGUUUUGAAAAUAUAUUUUCAACAUUUUAACUUCUUUCAUUGUUUAGUAUAAAUUGUGUGAAUGUGAUUUUUCGCAAAAUUGUUUUUAAUGCCGGCCAUAUUACAAAUAUAUGUAAAAAAAAGCUAUUUUGCUUGUUGAGUGAAGAAAACUAAAGCAUAAAACUCAAGUUAAGUGUAGCUUUGCAUUUUAAUUUGUUGUUUUUUUUAUUACAUGAUGAUCUAAGUUGAAUUGAACCUUAUAUGAUGAAAAUACUUUCGCAACAAAUGCUCUAGUACAGUACACAUAAAAUUCAAGUCAUAAAAAAAAAAAAAAAUCAUAUAUAUCUGUGUUUUGCCGCCAUAAUAAAUUGUAUUGAUGAAAUAUAGGUAUACAAUGUUUCUGAAAUAUAUAUACAAUUUUUCAUUUUUUUUUUUUAAAUUAAUUGCAAAGAUGUUUAAAAAUAUUGAAAAAAAAAAAAAAAGAGAUGUUUUCAAUUUAAAAUAGUUUGCUAAAUCCUUAUUUGUUCAUAGAUUUCUUAAAAAUUCGAUGUUUUAAUUUUUACAAAAGCUAAAAACAAAAUUUUUAAAGAUACAGUAAGUUUUAUUAUAAUAAAAAUUUUGUUUUGAUUGAAAGCAUUUGUCUAGAGAAAAUUUUAGCUGUUAUGAGAUUAGAGCUUUGUUCUAUUUUUCAAACGUCUUCAUUAAAGCUUUUUUUUAGUACAAUAACUCAGAAUGUGUUUAAUUUGAAAAUUCAUCGAGAAAGAGGAGAAAGGGGGAAGGAGAAAUAUUUUUGGAAAUGAAGUUAUAAUUUUGAUUAAAUCUCAGUAAAAAUGUAUAUAUUUUGAAAAUAAUUUAAAGUGAAACAAGGAAUAUUUUCCUGUUUAAAAAUUUAUAAACCUCAUCUAAUUGUUUUUAAUCAUGUAAACUUUUAAACUUGAUGUGAUUUCGGCUGUACCACAUGAUUUCAUUUUCUUAAUAUUUGUUCUUUCACUGAGCCUCAUUUUUGUGCAUCAAUAUGUUCAUGAUCUCAAGCUUUUUUAUGCUAUUUUAAAAAGGAA